GCUUCAUUGCUUUGAAACAUUCCUACAUACCCCCAGAACAAGGAGCUUUCUCUCAGUUUUGAACCAAGCCUGAGCAAAAGACCUGGCCAUGUUUGUCCACAGCAUGGAUAACAGCAGCGCUCCUUUCCUUCUCCCUACCUUAUUGCUCCUGCUGCAGAACAAGAGCUACCCUGAAACCUCCACCCCUCCUGCUGGCCACAGGGUGACCGAGUCACCCACAGGACCCCCCUCAAGCAGGAACCACACUGUCUUGCAGUAUCAACUGAGGCUGGGGGAAAUUGCGGCAGCCAGCAUGGUUUUGGGAGCGUUGUGGCUGGUCUCCGUCUUCGGAAACUCCCUCGUCUGCUUAGUGAUCCACAGGAGCAGGAGGACGCAAUCCACCACCAACUAUUUUGUCGUCUCCCUGGCUUGCGCAGACCUUCUCAUCAGUGUCGCGAGCGUGCCCUUCGUGCUGCUUCAGUUUACCUAUGGCAGGUGGAUGCUGGGGAACGCGAUGUGCAAGCUGGUAAGGUACAUACAGUACCUCGCCCCUGGCGUUCAGAUAUACGUGCUCCUCUCGAUAUGCGUGGAUCGAUUCUACACUAUCCUCUACCCCCUGAGCUUCAAAGUGUCCAGGGAGAAAGCCAAGAAAAUGAUCCUGGCCUCCUGGCUCUUUGACGCUGUAUUGGCAUCACCGGCUUUCUUCUUCUACGGCUCCAACAGCGACGACCACUGCAACUUCUUUCUCCCCAGUUCUUGGGAAGGAGCCCUCUACGGUGCCAUCCACCUCUUGGUGGUGUUUCUGGUCCCUUCCAUCCUCAUUAUUCUCUUCUACCAGAAGGUCAUCAGGUACAUUUGGAGAACAGGCACCGAUGGCAGGACUGUCAGGAGGACAAUGAAUAUUGUCCCAAGAACAAAAGUGAAAACCAUCAAGAUGUUCUUAACGCUCAACUCGGUCUUCCUCCUCUCCUGGCUCCCUUUCUACGUGGUACAGCUGUGGCACCCGCAGGAAACAGACUACAGAAAGAGCACCUUGCUUUUCCUGGCCGUCACCUGGGUUUCUUUCAGCUCUUCAGCCUCCAAGCCAACCCUCUACUCCGUGUAUAAUGCCAACUUCAGAAGAGGGAUGAAAGAAAUUUGUUGCAUGUCCGCCAUGAAAUACUACAGAAGCAGCGCAUACACCAUCACCACCAGUUCCAGGAUAGCCAAAAAAAAUCAUGUUGGGAUCGCAGAUAUCCCAGGUCCAGCCAAAACUGUCACCAACGAUUCCAUCUACGAUGCUUUUAACAGAGAAGAACAAGGAAAAAAGCUUGCCUGGCCUAUUGAGCCCAAUCCCCCAGAUAAUCUCAUCUAG